AUGGGACUCUCACAAAGGGACCUCGACAUUAUUGCAAUACGCCCUCUCGGUCCCGUACUCGAUCCAUUCAAGAGACUGAGUAACGACGUCGAGAACCUGCAGCAGGAAGUCGUCGCGAGUAUCUUGCUCUCCCUGCUCGAUGCUUCAGCGGCAACUGCUCUUUCUUCACCAGAUGGAGGCGGCAAUGUGGCCCUCAAGCUCUUCUCUAUACGACAGCAAGUCCGAUCUGACGCAGUGAAGCUCCAUCACUUCCGAGCCCUGAUCCGCCACAUCGUCGACGAUUCACCCGACCAGGCAGUUUGGGCUGCGGUAUUUGACAUCAUCAAAACCCUCAGCCCGCUCACGCCCCCGCCGCCUAGUGCUGUUCCGACCUUCAAGGGGACUCCCGUCAAAGCGAGCUCGGGUCGACUUACCGAUAACGAAACACGCGAGGUUGUCGAGAAGGAGCUUUUCUUUGAGGUUAGGGACUGCACCUUUCGCGGUGUCGGCGGCUUCUGCGAUAAAUUCUUCAACCCCCAGAACUGGAGCGAUGAUCAGAGAAGAAUGUURCRAGACGUGAUGASRGCGUACGAUGGGAAGAAGUGGUCGGCAUUUCCAUCAGUUACUAACGAAUGGGCCGUCUGGGACUGGCUGUGUUCACUACAAGAAAGCGCCUUGGCCGGGGCACCGUACAAGCUUUAUACCACCCAGACCGCUAACCAGUUCGAUGGACGGAAAGGCCAGAUGGAUAUAUUUUUCCAAAGGCCCACGUAUACGGAUAGAGCCUUUAUGUUUAGAGAUAUCCUCGUUAUAGGGGAGCAGAAGAAGUCCUACGAAACUAAUCAGCCUACGCGGAGAUUUAUCCACGCUUUCCUACUCUGUGCAUCUAUGAUAGAGCUCUGGGUCUUUGAUCGGUCUGGACCGUAUAGCUCGGGGCCCUUUAACAUCCACGAUAGGCCAGACCAAUUCGCACGCGCUCUUGUCGGGUACGCGACAAUGGACGAAGAGGCCAUGGGCCUAGAUACGUUUAUCGAACGGGAAGGCUCAGUAGGCCKCUCGUACGGCAGAACGCAGUCGUAUGCCGAGGGACUGCAUGCUACACAACGCGAAACGGCAACGUAG